UAGAGUUAAGAAGUCUAGGUCUGCUUCCAGAAGAACACAGUUCCACGUUGCUUGAAAUUGAAAAUCAGGAUAAAAAUGUUCACAAUUAAGCUCCUUCUUUUUAUUGUUCCUCUAGUUAUUUCCUCCAGAAUUGACCAAGACAAUUCAUCAUUUGAUUCUGUAUCUCCAGAGCCAAAAUCAAGAUUUGCUAUGUUAGACGAUGUAAAAAUUUUAGCCAAUGGCCUCCUUCAGUUGGGACAUGGUCUUAAAGACUUUGUCCAUAAGACUAAGGGCCAAAUUAAUGACAUAUUUCAAAAACUCAACAUAUUUGAUCAGUCUUUUUAUGAUCUAUCACUGCAAACCAGUGAAAUCAAAGAAGAAGAAAAGGAACUGAGAAGAACUACAUAUAAACUACAAGUCAAAAAUGAAGAGGUAAAGAAUAUGUCACUUGAACUCAACUCAAAACUUGAAAGCCUCCUAGAAGAAAAAAUUCUACUUCAACAAAAAGUGAAAUAUUUAGAAGAGCAACUAACUAACUUAAUUCAAAAUCAACCUGAAACUCCAGAACAUCCAGAAGUAACUUCACUUAAAAGUUUUGUAGAAAAACAAGAUAAUAGCAUCAAAGACCUUCUCCAGACUGUGGAAGAACAAUAUAAGCAAUUAAACCAACAGCAUAGUCAAAUAAAAGAAAUAGAAAAUCAGCUCAGAAUGACUAAUAUUCAAGAACCCACAGAAAUUUCUCUAUCUUCCAAGCCAAGAGCACCAAGAACUACUCCCUUUCUUCAGCUGAAUGAAAUAAGAAAUGUAAAACAUGAUGGCAUUCCUGCUGAUUGUACCACCAUUUACAAUAGAGGUGAACAUAUAAGUGGCAUGUAUGCCAUCAGACCCAGCAACUCUCAAGUUUUUCAUGUCUACUGUGAUGUUGUAUCAGGUAGUCCAUGGACAUUAAUUCAACAUCGAAUAGAUGGAUCACAAAACUUCAAUGAAACGUGGGAGAACUACAAAUAUGGUUUCGGGAGGCUUGAUGGAGAAUUCUGGUUGGGCCUAGAGAAGAUAUACUCCAUAGUGAAGCAAUCUAAUUACGUUUUACGAAUUGAGUUGGAAGACUGGAAAGACAACAAACAUUAUAUUGAAUAUUCUUUUUACUUGGGAAAUCACGAAACCAACUAUACGCUACAUGUAGUUAAGAUUACUGGCAAUGUCCCCAAUGCAAUCCCGGAAAACAAAGAUUUGGUGUUUUCUACUUGGGAUCACAAAGCAAAAGGACACUUCAGCUGUCCAGAGAGUUAUUCAGGAGGCUGGUGGUGGCAUGAUGAGUGUGGAGAAAACAACCUAAAUGGUAAAUAUAACAAACCAAGAACAAAAUCUAAGCCAGAGCGGAGAAGAGGAUUAUCCUGGAAGUCUCAAAAUGGAAGGUUAUACUCUAUAAAAUCAACCAAAAUGUUGAUCCAUCCAACAGAUUCAGAAAGCUUUGAAUGAACUGAGGCAAAUUUAAAAGGCAAUAAAUUAAACAUUAAACUCAUUCCAAGUUAAUGUGGUUUAAUAAUCUGGUAUUAAAUCCUUAAGAGAAGGCUUGAGAAAUAGA